GGUGUGGGGAGGGUGACAGCUCGGCUUGGCAGCCAAGAAGGAACUGACGGGAGGAGGCUACAGGAAGCCGGGCAGGGUAGGGCUUGGCUGAGUGAAGCCCCCUCCCCCGAAGACUCGUGGCGCGAUUUCCCCCCUCGGCGCGGAAGAAGCACAGCAACCCGUGGCUGUGUCCAAAGGCCCGAGCUCCGGGGUGUGGGGCUCGAGAGGAGGGCGAGGGCUUCUCGUCUCGGACGCUGUGGGGUGAAAAUCCCCUUGUUUGUGAAUAAUUGGAUAUUGGAAAAGAAGUGUUAAUCAUGGCUGAGUUGUCACCACAAGAAAUUCAACUGAGAGCUCAUCAGGUUACAGAUGAGUCUUUGGAAAGUACAAGGAGGAUUCUGGGCUUGGCCAUUGAGUCCCAAGAUACAGGAAUCAAAACCAUCACCAUGCUAGAUGAACAAGGGGAACAGCUAAAUCGUAUAGAAGAAGGCAUGGACCAGAUAAACAAAGACAUGAAAGAAGCUGAGAAGAACUUGACUGAGCUCAACAAGUGUUGUGGUCUGUGUGUCUGUCCUUGCAAUAGAACAAAGAAUUUUGAGUCUAGUAAAUCAUACAAAACAACUUGGAGUGAUGGUACAGAGCAUUCAGAUGGUCAUAUAGUGUCUAAACAACCGGGGCGUGUAACAGACUAUCAGCAACAGACCUCAGGAGGAACGACUGGAGGAUACAUAGCAAGGAUAACAAAUGAUGCCAGAGAAGAUGAGAUGGAGGAAAAUCUAACUCAGGUGGGAAGCAUCUUGGGAAAUCUGAAAAAUAUGGCUUUGGACAUGGGUAAUGAGAUUGAUUCACAAAACAAGCAAAUAGACCGGAUAAACGACAAGGCUGAAACCAACAAAGACCGUAUUGAGCAAGCCAAUGUAAAAGCCAAAAAACUUAUUGACAACUGAUCGUCUGCUGCCAGUUCUUCAUCCAACUGAAAAUGUAUUUCAGUCUACAAAUCUCCUCAAUUUCCAAAGAAGAAGAGCUAGUAGGACUCAGAAGGGGAAACAAAGCAGGACACCAUUAUAUGGCUUCUUUGUUGCACGUCUACAGACUGAAAAUCCAGGAAAGCAGCACAACAGAAACUCAGCUUUCUUACCCCUUUCCAUAUCCUCAGGGCUUCAUUUUCUGGCUAGGUAUCUUUCCAUAGUACCUCCCUGCCGCCCCUCAAUUCUGCUUUAUUCCCCCUUUUGCAGUUCAAUAUAGCGUGUGAGGCAGCAAAGAAAAGGAUGCACUCACUGGAUUUAAUUACCUCACUUAUAUUGCAUGUCAUCACUGAAAUAGUAGAUGAAUGAUUUUCAUGAACUGUCUUUUUUAAUUAACUGCCCCUAAUUUUUACAAAGCACUCAAUUUCACUACCAAAUCUUACAUGAUGGCAUGGGCUGAGAACAUUUUCUUUUCUUUUCUUUUGAUUGGAACAUGUGGUUUAGUAGCUGCUACUUUUGAGUACAGGGCUCUAAAGCACAUGAUUGUUAAUAUACAAGAUAUACAUUGGAGAAGAAUACACUUUCGAGCCAGAGAGCAUUUCUUGUUUGGAGAUAGAGGGGAUGUGUAGUCACACUAUGAUUCCCUACCUUUUUUUAAACAAACCUAUAUAGUUGGUACAUGUGACUGUUGCAGAACCUUUAGGUGGUUUAUUCCCCACUUUCACCCCAAAUGAUUGGGGUGUUUGCUACCAGCCCUAAUCUUUACUCCUUCAAGAUGCACUAUAUAGUGGUCUGAGGGAUUUGGAAAAAGUAGGUGACACACAACACUUGAGCUCAUGUCCCUCUGGUUGACCAUUAAGUGCACAUGGAGUGCUUUUGUGGGAUUACAAGCAGAGCACCUCCAAGGGUAGAGUCCUUUGCAAAUUAACAUAACUUUUCUGAAACAUCCUGAACUUACACUCAUUUUUAAAAAAGUCUGUAUUUUUUGGACACAAAAACUAAUAUUGUUGAAGAGAUCUCAGUGUGUGAGCAUUUUUCAGUGUCCUAUCAAAAGCAAAGUUUACUAAAGUUAUGUACAGAGUUUAAGUCUAAGUGAAAACUAUUUUGUAAUGCUAUUUUCUAAAGAAAUGUAAACUGAAGAGGAUGAUUCAUCUUGCUAAGUACCAAAACCCUACAACUGGAGAACAGCAUUUGGGGAUAUUUAUUAAAAGUAUGUGGGAUUUCUAGAAAUAAAUCAGAAGCAGAGCACAAUCUAGAUUCCAAUGAGGAAAAAAGCUAUGCUUGUUGUAGUGAGUUAACAUUUGCUGCUGCUUGGCAAGACUCACUUCAAGAGUUGUUUUGGAUACUCACCUGAAUACAAUGUGCACGCACAUGAUUUUCUUCAGGUAACUGUCAAAUUACAAAAUACAGUUGCCUCACAUCUUCUAGCUGGAACCAUAUUUAUAUUCAAUCUUCAAAGUUGUAUUGAAAUGUGUGGGAGAGUAAAUCAGUACUGAAACAUCUUUGCAUCUGUCUUUGUCAUGUAAAGUGUCGCUUGGCAAUAGCACAGGCCUACACUACAAACUGUGAUCCACUGAGUGAACGCCGUCUAUUAGCCAUGUAUUGUGCCUUCUAGGUGCUUAGCUGCACUGCAUUUUCUAGUCUUGGACACAUGGCAAAGCUAGGAGCCCAUGGGGAACUAUCAUACACAGCUGCUAGUAGACUGCACAGUUUAGUGGGUUACAAGUUGUACAGGCCUGCUGUAGUAAUAAAUUAGUUUGUAGUAAUCACUUCAAUUCAUUCCUGUUUUAGGAUUAAGGUAUUUGAUUUAGCUUUCUUGUCACAUGUCUGUAGGAGUCACUUAAUUACAAUUCUAUGAAAUUCUCAAGCUUUCUGAAGAAAGCUUUAGUUCAGUUCUAAUUAAGAAUUCACCGAACAUGGUUUUUUCUCAGAAAUUGACUUUUGUACUGUUCAAUAUGUUAAUCUAAAUUGCAUAUUUUUAAUCAUAAGUAUCUAUGAUAAUUAGAGGUUGGAGAGCACUCUUACAUGGUUAAGAGGAAGAUAUUCAUGUAUAUUCUAUUUCCAAUUAAGUAGAAGUGCCUUGUGAUGGUGGUUGCUGAAACAAUCUUUGUUUUUAGGACCCACCAGAGAGAGCUCAAAACAAAUUGGCGUAUUAUACUGUCACUUUUCUUUAAUGUCAAGAAGAUACCUCAUUUUCCUUCCUCUCUAUAAAUCAGUUCCAAUUGAGCCAUACCUUUAUUUUAAUAAGAUAAAGCUCAGUUUUGUAUGUAAAGUCUUGUCAACAAGGUGUAAGGUGGCAGUUCUAGCUAUGUAAUGUAGAAACUGCACAUACAUUCUCAAAUUAAUAAUUUGUUUACUGUAUUAGUAAGAGAAACAAACCUUUAAGUAAUACAUGUUAAAAAAUUUGGUGAAAAUGGCAGAACACAUUAAACUGUACUGCCCUGUGGAAGCAAAACAGUGAACUUCUUGAGCUCCAACAUCUGUUCUUAAUUUCACUACUAAUGUGAGAUUUAUCAAACUACCAUCACAGAUGAGAUGUUAAGAGUAAAAUGCUGCUUUAAUGCACAUUUCCUCACUAGCUUCCGUGGAAACUUUGUACAACUUGUAUAGCAUUGUAACAAAGCACUUGAAUAUAGAUAGCAUAAUUAUCUUGUUAUAAUUGAUGAAGAUUUGUAUUAAGGAACAGCUUAGUAUCCCAGAGCAAACUGCUAGACACUGUCUGCCUUAUUGUUUUGAAUUGUAAUAAAGUGAAUGCCUCAGGUUUUCUUCAUUA